AUGGUCAAUUACCGUUAUCUUGCUGAGCUGCAGCUGCUUCACCACUUCUGCCACGCUGACAUUGAUACUCCACAGGUACAGCAACAGGACCUCCUGCAUCAGUACACUGACGACGUGUUCCGGCCACGGUGGUUUGCCUACCAUGCGAAGUCCUUUGUAGACGAGGCCACCCAAGAUGCGGUGCAUGUCGCCACGUGUGUUAUUUCAUUGACCCACGACUGUGUAUUAACGUUUUUAAUCCGGGUUAACGGUGGUGUGAUCAAAACCGCGCAUAAUUUCGCGAUGGCGGCUAUCUGUUUCGCGUGUGCUGUGCCACUGGAUGCUGCCGACUGUAUCGUCGGCUGUGCGUACUGUGAGGCUACUUUUCACCGCGGUUGUUGCAGGCUGCCUUCCGAGCUGAUUGAUGCGGUCCUGACUCACAUCGAUCUGCACUGGAGCUGCACUGGGUGCACCAAUAUCCUGAAAAAUCCGCGCUGCCGAUCAGUCAAAGAGAUCGGGGCUCAGGUCGGUUUUCAAGCUGCUCUCACCUCAACUGUUGCGGCUGUGGGGAAGCUUAUUGAACCGAUUAUCGCCGAGGUACGCAGUGGAUUUACUCUACUGCCAAAUGCACCCAUACCUCAGCUUUGCAAUACCGAUCCUCGGCCCGUUGCGGGUAGAAAGCGGCGGCGUAUCAUCGAGGAUUCUAUGUACCCUGAUGUCAACAAAAACGUAAACAUUCGUCAAAAUAACAUGUUUGCAGCGUCAUCGCCAAGCGCGUACACUAACACUACAGUCGGCAUCUCACCCCCGUCUACGCUACCGGAAGAACUCAUGGGAACCGAUUCGCUAUCGUCACCGCUUCGAGCAGCGUUUCCCCAGCCGGCCACAGACAGAAUAUGGAUCCGACUAUCUCGCUUGUCCACUGCCGUCACCGUGGAGCAAGUGGUCGCUUCUGUGAAACGCCGUUUAGCCACCGAUGACGUCCUAGCAUACUGCUUGCUGAGGAAGGGAGUCAGUGUUGAUAGCGUAAACUGGCUUUCUUUCAAAGUGAGAGUACCGGCCGCCCUUCGUGACGCAGCACUCGCCCCAUCGUCCUGGCCUGUCGGUAUUGGUGUACGUGAAUUUGUACAGUCCCGUCAACGAGAGCAUGGACACUCAUCGUCACCAAUCACCAUCAAACACCGUUCUCUCACACGCACACCUGUUGUCAUCGAUCGCCGAUCGAUGCCUCGCACACCAACAUCCACUGUCUAUCACGCACCGGCACACGCAUCAACUUCACAGGCUCAAACACUAACAUCACCACAAUUGGGAGAACACACGCUGAACGACACCACUCAUGGUCCUAACUCAACACUCAUUGACGGCCCGCUUUUAAUUCGCCGCACUUCCAACACCAACUUACAACAGACCACACUUGACCGUUUCUUUCACGAAUAG